CAGAGAGACGACACUGAGCGCUGGACGGACACACACCACAGAUAACGAAAUGCACACAAAAUGCUGCGUCUACGAGCUGUGACAAGCCGCCGCAUGUGAAGAAACCCGAGCAACAAGCAAAACAACGCCAGAAGCUCCCCCUGAACCAGACGGAAACGCUCGCGCAGGCAGUGUCUUUGCCGCAGAAACCAUCCCACCAGAGCUCCCGCCGAUGCGCUUCAGCUGUGCAUGAAUCCCUCAGUUUGGCUUGCAGGGUCCAGGACAAAAACCGGGCGGUGUUGACGACUGAGUGUGGUGGAUACUGUUUGUGAGUGCACCUUAUCCGCGUCUCCGCACACCCCUUUGGCACCUGCUUCAGGAUGGCGUUAACGAUCUGCACGAGAUUUACCGAUGAAUAUCAGCUGUUCGAGGAGCUGGGGAAAGGCGCAUUCUCUGUGGUCAGGAGGUGUGUGAAGAUCUCCUCUGGACAGGAAUAUGCUGCAAAAAUCAUCAACACCAAGAAGCUUUCUGCCAGAGAUCAUCAAAAGCUGGAGAGAGAGGCGAGGAUUUGUCGUUUACUGAAGCACCCCAACAUUGUACGACUCCAUGACAGCAUAUCAGAAGAGGGUUUCCACUAUCUGGUGUUUGAUCUUGUGACAGGAGGGGAGCUGUUUGAGGACAUCGUAGCCAGGGAGUACUACAGUGAGGCUGAUGCCAGCCACUGCAUACAGCAGAUCCUCGAGAGUGUCCAUCACUGCCAUGUUAAUGGGAUCGUCCACAGGGAUCUGAAGCCUGAGAACCUUCUAUUGGCCAGUAAGCUGAAGGGGGCGGCGGUCAAGUUGGCUGACUUUGGGCUGGCUAUCGAGGUGCAGGGGGACCAGCAGGCAUGGUUUGGUUUUGCCGGCACCCCGGGCUACUUGUCUCCGGAGGUUCUAAGGAAAGACCCAUAUGGGAAGCCAGUGGACAUGUGGGCUUGUGGUGUGAUUUUAUACAUCCUGCUGGUGGGCUACCCUCCCUUCUGGGAUGAGGACCAGCACCGCCUUUACCAACAAAUCAAAGCUGGCGCCUAUGAUUUCCCGUCCCCAGAGUGGGACACUGUAACUCCAGAGGCCAAAGAUCUGAUCAACAAGAUGCUGACCAUCAACCCCAGUAAACGCAUCACUGCCGCAGAGGCCCUCAAACAUCCCUGGAUCUGCCAACGGUCCACCGUAGCUUCCAUGAUGCACAGGCAGGAGACUGUGGAGUGCCUGAAGAAAUUCAACGCCAGGAGGAAACUCAAGGGAGCCAUACUGACCACUUUGCUGGUCACAAGAAACUUCUCAGCAGCCAAGAGUUUGCUCAACAAGAAGGCAGACGGGGUUAAGGUCAACAACAAAGCCAACACAGUGACCAGUCCUAAAGAAACUGGCCCUGCCCCUGCGCUGGAACCACAGACAACUGUGAUCCACAACCCUGUCGAUGGGAAUAAGGAGUCCAUUGAGAGUGCUAACACCACCAUUGAGGAUGAAGAUGUAAAAGCCUGCACCAAUAACAAUAAAGCUCGCAAACAGGAAAUUAUUAAAGUCACUGAGCAGUUGAUUGAAUCUAUCAACAAUGGAGACUUUGAGGCCUAUGCGAAGAUUUGUGAUCCUGGUCUAACUUCCUUUGAGCCUGAGGCUCUGGGCAACCUGGUGGAAGGACACGACUUCCAUCGCUUUUACUUUGAGAAUGCCCUGUCCAAAGGGAACAAGCCAGUGCAUACCAUCCUCUUGAACCCACAUGUGCACCUAAUUGGGGAAAAUGCAGCAUGUAUUGCCUACAUUCGACUGACCCAGUACAUGGAUACCAGUGGCAUGCCGCGCACCAUGCAGUCUGAGGAGACCCGUGUGUGGCACCGCCGCGACGGCAAGUGGCAGAACAUCCACUUCCACCGUUCGGGCUCGCCCAGCAUUCCCUCCCAUUAAUGGAAUAUCAACAUGUGGUGAAUAAAAUAAAAUAAAAAAUAAAAAAUUCCCAUCAGCAAAUCUAGUAGGGCAGCCAACUAGCCAACCCAUGACUGCUCUGUGACCUUUGACCCUUCUAUAAGGACAUGACAUCGCAGGAUACAAGUAUUAAUACAUUUUACUGUUAUGGCAUUUUAUUAAUGGACAUCAUUCGAACCCACCACCGGGUGGCUGCACACCGUAUUUGGACAUUAUGAAACGAGCAUAUUGACAUUUUUUUUGUUUGUUUUUUAAGAUGUUUUGGUAUGCAUUUUAAAUAUAAAAUAGAGAUGUUUAAAAAUCUACUACUGUAACCUCUCCCAAAAAUUAGUUCUGUAUUUUUAUGUGUAUUUAUGUGUGUGCAAUACAGAAACAUUUGGAAGAUCAGAAUGUUAAAAUUGAGCUUGCUUUAGUUCUGGUGAUGUAUAUACAUUGUGAUUGUUGAUAAAAACAAACAUUGAAAUUGCUAUUCUUGCUAUCAGAGGAAUUAAGAGUUUACGUAAAAUCCAGUUUAUGAGCUACAUUUAUGUUUGCUAUGAGCUAAGUCAUACUGUUUGAAUUGUCCGAUUUCAACCUAUAAUACUAAUUUAAAUGUAAAGAAAAGCAGAGCAGCUUACACUUUGCAUCGAGAUAUGUUUGCCUUUAUAUCAGUGAAAUAAGAAAUAAGAGAAUGUAGCAUAUAUGUAAUAUAUGAAAAUUCAAGACUAUUGUGUAGUGCAUGGGGGGAUUAUUGUAAGUAAGACCAUAUGAAACUAUAAUAUCUUCUGUUUGAUUUGUGAAUCACUGACUUGUUUGUUUGCGUUUGUUAAUGUUGUGCAUCAGUCCUGUCCCAAAUGUUUCUAAUGUCCUCCAGUAUCAUGGAACUGUAAAAACAGUAACACAGUUAUGGUUAACAUCCAACGUAAAUAUCAAAUCCUCAUAUCUAAGAGGAGGGAAAAUAAACUCCUGGUUGCUGAAGCACCCCUUACAUUUUGUAUAAAAAUGAGAAGAAAACGAGCUCAUUUUUCAUAAUGUUUGUACUUGUAUUGUAUGACUGUAUGUAGGGUUUUAUGUUAUUUUAUUCGUCAUUUCCAGUGUGUUACUUAGCCAAUUGCACAGAGAAGGUGGAGAUGAUGAAGAUGGAGCGAAGGCUCUAUAGUUUCUACCUUCAGUCAAGUGUUAACCUGACAGUCGGGCUAAUGAGUCUGCCGUAAAAGCACUGGCUUAAAGAACUUUACAGUCAGACAAGAGGAUGGUAAGACAGCAGUGAAGGAGUCAAAUAAGAGUUGGACUGUAAUAAAUGUUGGGAUGUCUUCCUUGACGAUCAGUGCUUCUACCAGCCAGUGGCCUCCAUACCACUGCAGGACAAUGCCGGUGUCUUUGUUAUCCUUACUGUCUGCUCUUUUCAAUUGGUUGGUCUCUUCUUUUGUAAGGGGAAUAUAUGAUAAACAUUUCUUUUGACGAAACGUAUGAUGUCAAUGCAAUGCACCACUCCUUAUAUGGUGUGAACCUGUUGCCAGCACGGCAAUGGAUGGCUUAACAUGUUUAAGAAAUAAAUAAAUCAGCUAAAAGGUGUGAUAAUGAA